CAGCGUUGUGUUGACUUGUUACAUUAUAAUUUGGACUGCUACCCCCUUUGCUACUUAGGCUGUGCAGGAACAGCACAAAUGCAUCGAAUCCUAAUUAGAACUUUCAAUUUCUACGAGGGUGUGCCUCAUUGAUUUUGGUUUACAUUUUGCAUGAUAUCGAUACACCAGUUCGUACACGCGCAACACAGAGCCAAUUAAGAGUAUAGCUCGAUACAUUUUGUCUGCUACGUGUGGAGCGAGGAGGGGAGACCUUCUCGUCUUAUCUCGUCAAGGAGUUAUCAGAUUCGUGUUCCACGAGGCUGCGAGAGAGUGCUGUAAAUACUUCCGUAAAUAAAGUUGUUCCGACGUUUUGUCGAUCAUUUGGUUGUUGGAUCAAGAUUUUUUCAGAAAGCAAAUAUGCGAUGGCUCAACAGAUGGCAAGGUGUGGAAUCAAAUUCUCAAGAGGCAAGUACAAUAUUUUUUGUUUUUCGUAGCUCCCACGACAGGUCGAGAUUUUCUCUCUCUCGUGCAAAUAUUCCACAGGUCAUCUUUUGAGUUAGUGUUUGUAACUUUGUUUUUGACAUCAAGUAAAGUCUGGCUUGUGUGAUCUCCUCGACUAAGACAUUAAUUUGGUUUUGUGUUCCUAUUCUUGUGACAAGAACAUGGAAUAUGCAGACGAAUCAGCAGCGGCAGCGCUUCCUGGGUCGCAGCGAGAUGAGCAGCUGCAAAUAGAUUUAGGAGCAGAGAAAGGCGAACUACAAUUACCUAGAAGCGCAGUAUCGGCGUCCACUUCUAGUGCUCCUUCCGCCAAAGGAAAACAAGGAGAAGCUUCUGCCUCAAGCGCUAGUGCCAGUGCUGAAACAUCGGCGGAGCCGAAGGUGGAGAAUAGGAGGAUAAAGAAAAAGCGGUCAUUUGGUGACGGUGACGACUCGGUUUUUUGCGAAGCUGUGAUCGAGGAACCAAGCUUCUUUACUGUACGAAACGUCCGACACACAGCAAGGGUGGUCCUGAAAGCCUCGGGUUUAGGUUUCGCUUUUGCGAAAAUAGGAUGUGAUUGUAGCGACUGCUGGUAGCAGCUCCAACAGCUCUUCUAAGAACAACACUUUUCCCUUUUGCAAGACAACACUACAGGCAUCUGCAAUCUUGUCACCCAACCGUGCAAGAACACAGCUUCAACGUGACUAAGAGGCUCGCAAAUGUCACACUCCCGAAGCACACCAGGAACUUCGCCACCAGCAAAAACGUCCCGUCCCGGAGGAGGGGUCACUUGAG